AUGUCUAUUCCUCCUCUUCCGCCGAACACCACUCUCCAAGGGCGCUCAUUCCUCAUCACCGGCGCUAAUGUCGGACUGGGCUUUGCGGCUGCACGCUUAGCGUUGCAACUUGGCGCCUCUCCUGUCUAUAUAACUACUCGCACGGCUAAGAAGGGCGACAAAGCGCGUGAUGAACUGCUCGCUGACCCGGAGGUCAAGAAGAAGAACCCGAAUGCGAUCGUUAAAGUAUACGAGGUCGAGAUGUCGAAGUGGGAUUCCGUCACAUCUUUCGCCAAGAAGUUCCUUGACGACAGGAAGACCGCUGGCGAAGGACUCGACAUCGCUAUACUGAAUGCGGGCUUGGUCAAUGGGAGAUUCGUACUCGCUCCAACUGGCAAUGAGAUGGAUGUGCAAGUCAAUCACCUGUCGACUGCGCCACUCGCGCUUCUUCUCUUACCUCUCCUCGAGCGAAGCACGACACCCGAACACACAGCAAGACUAACGAUCAUCUCCAGUAUGGCGCACCUUCGUGCCCGUCUUACACCACAAGACGACAUCGGAUACCUUCCUUCUCUGAACGACAAGAAAAGUUUCUCCCCUGUACUGCAGUACAGCCUAAGCAAACUCCUGAUUAUCCUCUUCCUUCGCGAACUGUGCGAAAAGGUCACCAGCGACAAAGUGAUCAUCUGGUCAAGACAGAGUGGACUCGCUAUAUGCACUGCUAGAUCGUCUCCGGAGAAAGGAGCAAUUACAUAUAUUGAUGCUGUAGCCAACAUCGGGAAGGAAAGUCAUGGCCUUUGGUAUCAGAAAACACGUUUGACACCGUAUUCUAAGGUUGUUACCGGGCCUGAGGGCAAGAAGCUCCAGAAGCGGAGCUGGGACGAGACGUUAAAGCAGCUGGAGCAGGUUUCGCCUGGAGUCGACCCAGACCUUUGA